AUGGCGGCGGAGGGCGGUUCGUCGUCGGGAACGCGCGAAGUGGUCGAAGACGACUUCUUCGGCGCCGAAUCCGGGUGGGUGGAGGCUCGAACGGCUUGCGACCACCUUCCCUCGUUGUGUUCCGAUCUCUCUCAGAUCCCUCUCCCGGAUUCCCCCUGCUCCAGAUGCCACCACCCUGCCGAAAAUUGGUUAUGUUUGAGCUGUAAAGACGUCUUUUGCAGUCGUUUUAUAAAUAAACACAUGCUUAAGCACUAUGAAGAGAGUGGGCACUGCCUUGCUUUGAGCUUCAGUGAUCUAUCGGUCUGGUGUUUCGAAUGUGAUGCGUAUCUGGAUGUUCAGAUGAUUUGGCAGUUGCGGCCUGUUUAUGAAGUUGCCCAUCUGUUAAAAUUCGAGGAGCGACCAUCAUUUCGGGCUAUCGAGAGCCUGCAGCUAUCUAGUGAUCAAGGUGAAGGUUCCUCUUAAGCUCCUCAGAUUAUGUUACUACCUGUAGUUGUUCUCUUAAAGUGAAAGUUACACUUGGUUUCCUGCUAUCUUGAUGUUAAAGAAGAAACCUUGAAUGUUGCUUCACACAUGGGCAUGUUUUUAGAGUUAAUCUGAACCAGAAGACAACGCGCAUGCUUCUAGUCGUUUCCUGUAGCACAUCAGUGCUCGAAUGAUUGAUCGAAGUAGGCGUCGGCCUUGACGUGUCCUUAAUCC